AUGGAAUGGUGGCAUGAUGACGAACCAUGGAACUAUGAUGGUUACGACGAAACAUGGGAACAACACGAACCACCAGCAGAACACGCCCAGGAUGAUGCAGAGAAUGAACUUGAAGAUUACUACAGUAGUCAUGGCAAGGGUCGCAAUGCCAUGGGUCUUGGCUGCGCAAUCUGCGGCAGCAAAUGGCAUGCCUCCUCAGCAUGUCCUGUGAAUGCCAGUGGUCAAUCCAAAGGUCAUUCCAGCAAAGGCAAGAACUAUGGCAAGUCCAGACCUCUUUACAAGGGCUACGGCAAGAAGGGCAAGGGCUAUGGCUUCCGAUCCCCAUAUGGUUGGAAGUCAGGAUCUUCAAAGGGCUAUGGUGGCAAAGGCUACAAGGGACAUGGUCACAAGGGCAAAGGCAAGUACUACUCUGAACAUGAUCAGUACUGGUCUCGCCAACGACCACCAUUGGAUGCCAGCCACAUCAAGCCAGAUUUUGCCAAUUCCAGCUCUUCUUCAUCUCAGCCACGAACCAUGACUCAGACCACCUACUACAGGAUGGAUGCCAGUGACGAUGAUCUCACCAAGAUCAACAAGACCUACAAACACAAAGCAACUCCACCAGAAUCUGAAGAUGGCAACCAGCGUGCCGCUACGGAGAAGGCCGACAAGGUCCUCAGUUUUGCGAUGUUUCUGAAAGGCUCCAGAGAGACAGCAUCCUACCACACCGUCAAGGGUGAGAAACGACGGGGCCUUCUUAUAGACCCAGGUGCUGCCUCUGGACUGAUCGGCUCAGAGACUUUACGCGACAUCAUGGAACAUUGUGUACCACCACAGCAACGUGAUGAUCGCGUCACUUGGAGCCAGAAGACAACAUCAGUCUCCGGCAUAUCGGGUGAACCAGACGAAACUCUUGGCGAAGUGUCUUUGAAGCUCAGCGCAUCAAGUCGCAGCAUCUCUUACCGAGGUGAUGUUCUUGGAGGAGCUGGUUCCCUUUGUCCUGCACUUGUUGGCAAUCCAGCAUUACGUCAACAGCAGGCUGCCCUUUUCAGCGACUGGUUUCCCAAUGGAGAUGGCCUCUUGACCAUCCACCGUGAAGAGAUGCUGGAUGCAGAUCGCAAACCAAUUCUCCUACGUCUUCUCCUGACAGACUCAGGACAUUACCUGUUACCUGUCGAUGGCAAGGACAAGCAUGCCAUCCCUGAUGGCACUCACAACAAGGUUGCCCUCUUGACCAACCAGAUCAUCAGCCAGAGCAAGUUGUUAUGGCCUCAUGAACCUCCGCAAGUACGGCACUGCUUCCUUGUGGAAGCCAAGAACGAAGCAGAGACGGAUCGGAGUGGAGUUCUGCCAGAUGAACCUUUUCCACAACAGGUUCCAAUCCCAAAAGACGAAUUCGAGGUUGAGAUUGACGAGCAAGACCAUGAUCAGGACAGUAGCAACAUCCACUACGAGGAUGACUGGCGCAAUCCAGCCCGUGCGCAUGCCGAUCUCGGCAAACUAUGGAUUGGCAGAACCAUGUUCCUCAUCCAGGAACUACAUCAUGAAUACAAAGCCAUGCCCGAAGAGUUCUAUGUGAAGACUGGUCGCAGAGUGGUCACACCCGAAAAUGUGGACCGAUGGCUUGACGAAGUUCAGAAGGCUCACAGUCAUCCAGCAUGUCACUUCUUGGAGCUCUACUCCGGCUCUGGCCGCCUGAGUUUGACCAUGGCUACGGCAGGGUUGACUGUUGGUCCUCCCAUUGACUUGCGCUAUGGUUGGAACAUCAACUGCAGCCAACACCAGAAGAAACUCUGGCGUGUCAUUGAGGUGCUGAAGCCAGAAGUGAUUUUUGCUUCACCACGAUGCAAGUUCUACAGCACCACGGCCAACACUAUGAGCGAAGAGAAGAAACUUCAUGGUCGACUUGAAGAUGAGCCAGGACUGAACUUCACCAAGAAGGUGUUUCAGCACCAAGCCUACUCUGGACGCAGCUUUGCAGCAGAACAACCUUGGGGCUCUACGAUGUUCAGAGACAGUCCUCUCAAACCUGAGGAGAUUCCCAGCUGCCGCAGCAAGCAGCGUUGUGAUCAAUGCAUGCUUGGAGCUUGUGAUGAGUUUCAACAACCAGUACAGAAAGCCACGGCUCUCCUGUCAGACUUCAAAUGGAAAAAGACUACAAAGCGAUGCAGCGGUCACCGUGGGAAACUUCAUUCUCAACUACAAGGCAAGGUCUCUGGCAUCAAUCGAACUGCUUUGGCCGCAGUCUAUCCAAGAACUAUGUGCCAUGAAAUGUGCAAGGACAUCAUCGGCCACCUCAACGACAAUCACCGAUUGCGCAUGCCAGCGUGGCCCAAGAGCUUGCACCAUGUCUGGCAUAGUCACCUUUAG